AUGGCAGAGGCACCCAUGGCCAGAUGGCAGAUGCCGGCGUUCUCAGGUGGUCGGGCGGGAUGCUGCGGGCUGAACCGGGCUGGCUUUAGGACCCUGCGUCUGCCACGCUUCUUUGUAGUUUUGUUCGCAGCCCGGAGAUGCUCAGAACUGGCAGAGGGAUGUGAACAAGGGUGUCGAGACAACGGGGGUAUUCGGCGCAACAGCGGCGCGGUGGAAACACCAGCUAUGAGGGAGAGCGGGAUCACUGUUCACUCCUUGUUCCUCUGCCUUUCUUUAGCCGUGCACUGGCACAUCAGGUUGGCGGAGGCUGACGCCACGGCAGAUGCUUUCAAAAACAACAUCACCCUGUUCACACGGAUCCUCGACAGGCUCCUGGACGGUUACGAUAACCGCCUGAGACCAGGAUUGGGAGACCGAGUCACGGAAGUGAAGACCAAUAUUUACGUCACCAGUUUCGGUCCAGUGUCGGACACAGACAUGGAGUACACAAUAGAUGUGUUCUUCCGCCAGAGUUGGAAGGACGAAAGGUUAAAGUUCAAUGGGCCCAUGAACAUCCUGCGGCUGAACAACCUGAUGGCCAGCAAGAUCUGGACACCCGACACGUUCUUUCACAACGGGAAGAAGUCGGUGGCUCACAACAUGACCAUGCCCAACAAGCUGUUAAGGAUUCAGGAGGAUGGGACUCUGCUCUACACCAUGAGGCUCACAGUCCAGGCUGAGUGCCCCAUGCACCUCGAGGACUUCCCCAUGGACUCACACUCAUGCCCCCUGAAGUUUGGCAGCUACGCCUACACAAUGUCAGAGGUGACGUACACAUGGACUCGCAAUGCCUCCGAGUCCGUCGUCGUGGCAGAGGAUGGCUCUCGACUCAACCAAUAUGAUUUGCUGGGGCAAACAGUUGGGAAGGAGACCAUCAAGUCGAGCACAGGUGAAUAUACAGUCAUGACAGCACAGUUCCACCUGAAACGGAAGAUUGGCUACUUUGUGAUCCAGACGUACCUGCCCUGCAUUAUGACAGUCAUCCUGUCCCAGGUGUCUUUCUGGCUCAACCGAGAGUCCGUCCCAGCCAGGACUGUCUUCGGUGUGACCACCGUGCUGACCAUGACCACGCUGAGCAUCAGCGCCCGUAACUCUCUGCCCAAGGUGGCCUAUGCAACGGCCAUGGACUGGUUCAUUGCCGUCUGCUACGCCUUUGUCUUCUCCGCACUCAUCGAGUUUGCCACCGUCAACUACUUCACGAAGCGCGGCUGGGCAUGGGAUGGGAAGAGCGUCGUCAAUGACAAGAAGAAGGAGAAGGCCUCCGUUGUGAAGAAGAACAAUGCGUACGCCGUCGCCGUGGCCAACUACGCACCCAACAUCACUAAGGACUCGGUGCUGCCCACCAUCUCCAAGGGCGGCGCUGCCGUCGGCGAACCCGGAAAGGCGAAGCCGGACGCCAAACCGGCCGAGAGCAAGAAGACGUUCAACAGCGUCAGCAAGAUCGACCGCAUGUCCCGGAUCAUCUUCCCUGUCCUUUUCGGAAGCUUCAACCUCGUGUACUGGGCAACGUACCUAAACAGAGAACCCGUCAUAAAGGAUAUGGUCCCCUCAAAAUAGGGGGGGUUUGAUGUGCUGUAACAUAUGCUAAACACAGGACUAAAGACAUGCCAAAUACAACCAGUAACUGCUAAUUUAUGUACUUUGUUGAAUUGGCAUCAGGCAGCCAAUGCGCUGGAUAAUUUCCCUCUUUUUUGUACACCUUUUAUCUCUGCAGUGCUUUUCAGAUGACAUA